CUUGCAAACGCACCUUCCCAUUGUUUUGACAGAAGAAAUCUUGGUGAUUCCAAAUGAGGCGUGGUUGUUUGAAAUGAGAUUUACAUUUUUUUUUUAAACAGGAGCCAGCUAAAAAUUCAUUCAGAGAGAUGUCUGUGGAAGACAUAAUGCGUUCGGUAUGGGACGAUCUCCCACCAGCCGGCAAAUUCAGCUCUAUUGAAAGCUCCUCCAGUGGCCAGCACAGUGUGGUCAACCUGGAGCAGCCCGGAGCCCAGUACUGUGUGGGGGACAGCGUGAACGUGCUGGUGAAUAUGAAGGACCACAGGGGGAACCCAAAGGUGCAUGGAGGCGACUUCAUCCUGGCCCGAAUCCACUCUCCCAAUCUCCAGGCUUCUGCAUCAGGAGAAGUUACUGACCUGCUCAAUGGCUCCUACCGGGUGCGUUUCCGCCUGUUCUGGCCUGGAGACAUACUGGUGUCUGUGCUUCUCAUGCACUCCUCUGAGGCUGUCGGGAUCCUCAGGAGAAUCAGUGCGCACAACUACGAUAAGGUCAUAUACACCGGAAUCUUCUACAGUGGGAACAAAACUGAGGAAUCUCAGUGCGGCAUCCGGCUGAAAGCAGACAAGCCUCUCUGCGAGUACAGGAAGAAGGAAGACGCGGAGUACUACGCCUGUGUCCGACCCGAAACCCUUCCCUGCAGCACCCUGAGGACCAUGAGCUCCAGAAAUGGCCCAAUUUCUAACAUGACCAGGGAUGAGCGUUUGCUCCUGAGCAGGAAAAACAUUGGAAUAGAAAUGAGAAACAGCUUUGGUCCUGUGAAAGUCAUCAGUUGUGCCGCGGGAACCCAUAGACCAACUGAAAAGUGUGUGGCAGGUUUUGGAAUGACGUCUCCUUCACCGAGCGGCUACUUCCUUAAAAACAGAUGGUCUUCCACCUCCUGCCAGACGGGAAACUUCUUCAGUGCGGGCGCCAUCAGCAGAUGUCUGAAGGGAAGGAACCUGAAACUCAUGGGAGACUCCACUGUGCGCCAGUGGCAAGAGGAACUCAGCAGAGUGCUAAAAGGUCUGAAAUGUGUGAAACCGUACGAUGUUCAUUCCUCUGUCCUGGCUGUGGACCCACAAAGGAACAUCACUGUCCAGUGGAAGAUGCACAGCCAUCCAUUUGUCAUUGGCAACAAAGUGGUCAAAGAUGCCCUGGGGUACGUUUCCAGAGAAGUAGACAGAGUAGCGGUUGGCGACGUGGUGGUCAUUGGAGUGGGACAGCAUUUUAGGCCCUUCCCCCUGGAGAUCUUCGUCCAGAGGCUGAUCAACAUGCGUAAGGCCAUCCUGAGGCUCCACGAACGCAGCCCCCAGACCCUCGUCGUCAUCAAGCUGGAGAACACCAGGGAGUUCAACUCAGUGAUGACCCACCUGAGUGACUGGUUUGGCUACGUUCAGAACCUGGCUCAGAGAAAGGUGUUCAGGGACCUGAAGGUGGUGCUGGUAGACGCUUGGGACAUGACAACAGCCGCCAACACCUUCGCCAUCCACCCUAACAGCAUGAUUGUUUCCAAUGAGAUAGCCUUGGCUCUGUCACACCUCUGUCAUGAUGCAUAGAGGUUCUUUCUGAAAGGAACUAUAUAGCAGGGGUUUCUAACUCCAUUUCCGGUAGAGACUGUGUUUAAAGCACACUCAGGGGGGCUUGUGUUACUAGGUUUGUUUUACAGUACAUUUGUGGCUUUGCCAUUUUUUAAUUGUGCCUCUCAUAUUAACAGUAGGCAUUUGAUACUGGGGUGGGAUUUCAGUGCGUAUUAAUGAUUAUAGGAUAACUAAUUUAAUUUUAAAAAAAUAUUUAAUGUCAGUCCCAAGGGCGGCGACAGGGUGGUGCAGAAUUGAGCUUGCCUACCCUAGCUUCCGCCUUGCCCAACCAAUCAAAAAUAAGAAGAAAAAAAGUUAAUUUUGACAUCUAAUCAACUGUAAAGUCAUGUAAAUCUAAUCAGAAUACUAAACUAGCUAGGGCUGACCGUAUGCCAAUUUCACUCAUUGUGCAGAAAGCAGAGUCUCUUAAGAGUUAUGCACUUCACAUUGUACGUCGCUUAGGAUAAAAGCGUCUGCCAAAUAAAUGGAAUGUAAUGUAACAAAGCUGCUGCUAUUUGACCUGUUUUUAUGAGGUGACACUUUUUGUCAAGAAAUUCAAUAACCAUAACCUCACCUAUUUACUUUCAGUUUUUUAUUUUUAUAUCUUUUCAUAUUUAGGUCUGGGCUAUUAAAAGCCUUGAUCAAGAUAUGUGCUACUUAGCAGUUCCUAGUCAGUUAGCUUGCUGAGUUAGCUAGCGAAGCGACAUCGUUGACUGUUGGCUCAAAGCGCCAGAAAUUUACACAUUUAAAAUAAACAUUAAAAA